AUGUCUGUAUCAUUGUGUGUAUUGCGUAUUGAAGUGGAUGAAGAACAUCCAGAAAUGGGAGAUAAUCAGAACGAAAUUGAUCGAGCUAAGGAGCAGAAGAAGAAAGAUCGCGGUGCCAGGGAAACAAAAACAAUAACGGUCGAGACCUAUGCUAGUAUUCUUACUGGUCCGAAUGUUGUCCCUGGUCUACUACCUACAAGUUCUAGACGUUCACCCGAGGGUAGUACUUCAGAUGAAAAUGACGUUAUCAGCUUUUUCUGCGGUAACCCACUUAUAGAAGUUACUAAAGGUGUCUUGCAUUUGUAUAAAGAAAAUGAGCUAAAAGAGACUCAAGAAGCAAAAACGCUAUGUCUUUUGUCUGUCCCGGGAGCUCUUGGUGCUCCCGACUUAUUAGCAUUUGCAGCUGCUUGUCAACAGGAUAUUGCCCAUGUGAGGGUUCUUAGGGAUGGCUCACCAGAUCAUUACAUGGCAUUACUUACGUUCCGUACAAGUGAGGCAGCACAUGAAUUCCACGCAACAUUUAAUGGAGUGCCAUAUAGCAGCUUAGAACCAGCAGCAGUGUGCCACACGGCUUGGGUCUCACGGGUGGAAUAUGCUAGGGAUGGUGCCCCACCACCAACCCAUACUGAGCUACCAACAUGCCCUGUUUGCUUAGAACGUAUGGACGAGAGUGUUGCGGGCGUUUUGAGCGUGCAGUGCGCUCACUCUUUUCACGCCGAAUGUUUGAUGGGCUGGCGUGAUGCAAGAUGUCCUGUCUGCAGAUGCGCGCAGACACCGGAACCCCGGGACUGCGCUAGGUGCCUCGGCUGCGAAAAUGAGGCGGCCCAAGCUGCUGAAGAUCAAGGUGAAGGCGAGAUGCGUGACACGCCCUGUGGGGUGGCAGAGGGUCUCCUAGAGGUCGAAGCUGGUACGCUGUGGAUCUGCCUUAUCUGUGGACAUGUUGGCUGUGGACGGUAUGAAAAAGGGCAUGCAGCUAAACACUUCCUUCACUCCAACCACACUUACGCUCUGCAGCUUGGUUCAAAUAGGGUCUGGGAUUAUGCAGGUGAUAAUUUCGUUCAUCGAUUGGUGCAAAAUAAAACAGACGGAAAGCUAGUAGCGUCAGAAGGAGCUGCCGCAGACCCAGAGCCGGCUUGCGGGGACAAAUUGGAGUUCACUUAUCUUCUAACGCACCAUCUUGACACGCAGAGGAUACACUUUGAAGAGAGAAUCGCUAAGCUAGAACGUGAACACUUAGCUGAAACGGCUUCAUGGCGAUCCCGCGUAGAAGCGGCCGAGGCGGACAGCGCGGAUCUACGUGAGAAAGAGCGCGCCCUAACUGCUGAAAAUAAAACAUUACAUCACAAGCUACAUAACUUAACUAACAAAGUAUCCAAACUACAGGGAGAGUUGUCUGAGGAGCGUGGCUUAACUGCAGCUCUAACUUUUAGCCAGGCCCAGUGGCAGGAGAGAUCGAGAGAAAAGGAGGAAGGAUUUAGGAAGGAGAUAAAUGAGUUGAAAGAGCAACUCCGAGACCUGAUGUUCUUCGUAGAGGCACGCGGCGCACUCCAACGUACCGAAGAAGCCUCCCAGGAAGAAAUACAAGAAGCUAGCGUUACCGUACAACAGGCCAAGCACAAGCCAAGGAGAAAAAGACGAUAG